AUGGCUACCAGAGCUUUACGCACCUGGGAUAUGUGGGAUGCCACGGUAACUAUCAUCAUUACAUUAACUCAGUUGUUUCGACGAUGUGGUUGCUGGCUCAGGUGGUGUGCUUUUGACAUCUGCCAGAUGGUGUCGGUCUGCUCCAGAAUCGCCUCUGGCACAGUUCAAAAUAACGUCAUCUGCCUUGUUGACAUGUCGAUGUUUCGUGGUAGACUAGCGUUUCUUGCUCUUUCGCUAAUUUUACGUCCAAAACAUUGA